UCCAGAAGCAAACUGGCUAACCAAGCCGUGUGGUUCUGACUCGUGUCCACAUCGUCAAGCUGUUCUAUUGAUCCAGCACACGUACGUUUCCGCCUCUUCGUCUCCGGUCCAACCAUCCGACGGAAAUGCUAAACCAGCUCGCCUCCUUUCCACUGGCCUAUAAAAACCACAGCAUUGCACGACGAUUUGUCACCACCACCACGAGCUGAUCGAUCGAACGAACCAGCCGAAUCCAACAGUGUUAUACGCGAUGGCUUCUUGCAGCACAGGGAGAGCGUUGGCGGUGGCGAUGACACUGUGCUCCGUGCUGCUGCUCGCCGCCGCCGCCGGCAACUUCUACCAGGACGUGGACAUCACCUGGGGCGACGGCCGCGGCAAGAUCCUCGGCGACGGCCAGCUCCUGACGCUGUCACUGGACAGGUCCUCCGGCUCCGGGUUCCAGUCCAAGAACCAGUACCUCUACGGCCGCUUCGACAUGCAGAUCAAGCUCGUCCCCGGCAACUCCGCCGGCACCGUCGCCACCUUCUACCUGUCGUCGCAGGGGUCGCAGCACGACGAGAUCGACUUCGAGUUCCUGGGCAACGCGACCGGCGAGCCGUACACCGUGCACACCAACGUGUACAGCCAAGGGAAAGGCGGCCGCGAGCAGCAGUUCCGAAUGUGGUUCGACCCGACCAAGGACUUCCACACCUACUCCGUCCUCUGGAACCCGGCUCACAUCGUGUUUUACGUGGACGGGACGGCGAUACGGGAGUUCAGGAACAGGGAGGCGAUGGGCGUGGCGUUCCCGCGGACGCAGGCGAUGCGGGUGUACGCGAGCAUGUGGGACGCGGAGGAGUGGGCGACGCAGGGCGGGCGCGUCAGGACGGACUGGUCGCAGGCGCCGUUCACGGCGUCGUACCGCGGGUUCGCCGCGGCCGGGUGCGCGCCGCCGUCGUCGUCGUCGUCGCAGGCGGCGUGCGCGGCGCCGGGCAGCCCGUGGAUGUACCAGGAGCUGGACGGCGCCGCCCAGGACCGGCUCCGGCAGGUGCAGCGAGACUACAUGAUCUACAACUACUGCGCCGACACCUACCGGUUCCCCCAGGGGCUCCCUCCCGAGUGCUCCGCCUCCAAGUAGAGAGAAACAACACAUCUGAAAAUAUAUUGAUUCUGGUAUAGAGUGAGCCUGUAUAUGUAGGCUAAGUUUCCUACUUUAGCUAAGUUCUAAAUUAAAAAAAAAAUUACACAUGUCUGGUUGGAUAUAGACACCGGGUAAAAAAUAUCUUUGUCUAAAAAAAAUAUGUAUAUUGGUUCUAGUAUGGACCAUAGAGCGAGUUUGUGUAUGUAUAUGUAUCUUUGACAUGUGUAAAAAGUAACUGGGAAUAUAAUAAGUCUCGUCGACAUAGGAUGUUUUUUAAGACGAGGAUAAAUAUCAAUUAUUUGGGUA